GGGUGGUGCGCCGCUGGAAGCGGCUCGGGUAGUGUGGACCGGUUGGAGAAAGGAGCAGUGACAGCGUGAAGAACUCAAGGUGACUCCGUGCCCCCAUUAACAUGGCGUGGACGGCCCGGCCGCUCCUCGGCCUGAUUCCUCGUGCAGUGUCAAAUGCUUCAGUUCGAGGCAGCCACUGGCAUACGUCCCUGCUGGCACUCAGAGGAUCCUUGCCCAUGAGAGCUGAGCCUAAGAGAAAGAAAAAAGUGGAUCCCAGAAGAGAGCAGGCAGUGAGAGACCGCUUGAAAAAGAGAUUGAAGAAGUUGGAACGGGUUCCUCCGGAGCUGAUCCCAAUCGAAGAUUUUGUCACUCCCACAAAGUUCCUUGAUGAAUCCAGAGUUCGAGACCCACCCAAACUGACAGAGGAAGAGAGUGAGCAACGAGCACUUCUGAUGAAGGAAUGGUCUCGAUAUAAGAAGAAGGAACAUAAAAAAGAAGCGGAAAUGAUUCAGUCCAUGAUCAAGGCGCAGCAGGAGGCUCUACAGGAACUGCAGCUCGAAUCAGAGGACUUGUACCAGGCUGCCAUUAAACGGGACCAAGGACUGUUUCCAUUGGAGUUACAAGGAUGUAGUUAUACUCCUCCUAUAGCUGACUACCAAGCACCUGAUGGAAAAUACAGAGAUAUCACAAAAGUUUAUACACAGUGAUGUGCAUGAGAGCCCUUCACUUUCUGGUUGUCCUUUUAAUCUGAUUUUUCUAAAUAAAGUAAAUAUUGU